AUGGAUCAAAAAGAUCAAGAUUCCGGAAAUGGCCAGCGUUAUCCUAUGAAUUGGGAUCCGCCAAAGGAAGGUUGGUUGAAAUGUAACGUGGAUGCGGCUUUUAAUAACCAUCGAGGUACUACUAAUAAAGGUUGGUGUGUGCGCGAUAACCUUGGGAGUUUCAUUAUUGAAGGGGUGGCUUGGGAUCCUAGGAUACUAACCGUUAUUAAAUCUGAAGCUUUGCCUCUAAAAGAGGCAAACCAAUGA